UCUUUUGAAGGAGGAGCCCUCCGUCUGGACAGGCUGAGCAGCGCCGUGUGGUACGAGAGAGACGGGACCGAGAGGUUCCUCUCCGACUUCGGCUCCGAGUGUCGCGACUUCAAGAUCUGUCCAGGCUGCACCUCCUUAAAGAUUCCAGACUUUUUCGCCAGCGGAGAUGACAACACGGUGGUGGUGCCGGCCCUGUUCCCGAUCCACGCCGUGGGGGAGACGAGUUUUGAGUGCGGCGCCAUGAGAGACACCACCGCCGUACAGUACCUGGAGGCCUUCCUCUACACCAUGGACACCAUCAACAGGAGGAGCGACCUGCUGUCCUCAGCUACCCUGGGAACGAUCAUCCUAGACACGUGCUCCAGCUCCGACAAAGCAGCCUCGCAGGUACUGAGACUACACAAUAACGAACUGUCUGCCAGUUCUAACGGCGAGCCAGCAAACGCCACGAACAUCAUGGCGUACGUCGGGGGCAAGGAAGACGACAUCACCAAGGCGGUGGCGGGAGUCCUCAGCCCCUUGAUGAUUACUCAAGUAAGUUACGGCUCAACAGGUAGCAUCUUCAACGACCGCGGCGUCUUCCCUACGCUGUUAAGGACGGUGCCGUCCAACGAGCAGCAGGCCGUUGUCAUGGUGUCAGUUAUGAAGGAGUUUGGUUGGUCUUACGCUUCUGUUGUGUAUACGUCAGACGCUUAUGGGGUUUCCGGAAAGGAUUUGUUUGUCCAAACUGCGCAACAAAAUGGCGUCUGUGUUGCCACGAUCGUCCAGAUACCAGACGUGCGAACCAAUGAUGCAAUGGACAGGAUCAUAGAACAGCUGAGGGCGAAAAGGGGAGCAACAGCCGUGGCGGUGUUUGCUGGUUCCGCAGCGACGCGUUCGCUCCUCCAGGCGGCAGAUAGGGCUGCGACGGCCGGUGAAUUCGUCUGGUUCGGCGGCACCACUUGGGGAACUGAGCAAGACGUCACACAAGGGCUUGGCUUUGUGUCUAGGGGAGCGUUUACCAUUGUACUGAAAUCAGACAUCUUGGCUGGCUUUGAUACCUACUUCAGGACACUUCGGCCAAGCAGCAACACCCGCAACCCCUGGUUUAAUGAAUUUUGGGAGGAAACCUUUAGCUGCUAUCUGACCGAGAAGGAUCCAAGUUUCCCGCCGAGGCCUAGCUGUACGGGCGCGGAGAGAUUAGAAGACAGCUGGGUACAUGACACGUUCGUCUCCUACACGGCAACUGCUCUCUUCUCCAUCGCGCACGGCCUUACGCGGCUGGCAAUGGACGUGUGCGGGUCCGCGACGUUUUGCGAGGGUCUACUCAACCACCCAGACCGCCAAGCCCUCACCAUCCAAUAUAUCAAGAAUGCCAGUUUUACAGAGGUUGGGCUGAGCCAUACUUUUACCGAUCAGGGCGCCGGACAACCGAACUACGUCAUCAUGAAUUAUCAGAGAGACGGGAACAACUACCAUUACACACAAGUUGGGACGUACAGCGGCGAUAUCCUCACUCUUUCAAGACUGGACGUAAGGAUGUACGACAGGAAUGGUGAUGUAAUAACACCUACGUCCAAGUGUAUAGAAAACUGCAACCUGUGCUUGACCGAAGCUGCACGGGUGGAUGAAAGAUUCCUCUUGGUUACUGAGGAUGUAGAUGUGCUUGUGGCUGGAGUCUUUCCCAUACACGAGGCAGGCGAUGGCAUCUUUACGUGUGGCGACAUGAACCAAGCCGGUUUCGAACUGUUAGAAGCUUUUCUCUUUGCGAUAGACAGAGUUAACGAUGACGGAACGCUGCUGACUAAUGUCAAACUUGGCCCGUUUGCGAUAGAUUCGUGUUCGAGCUCCAUGAGAGCAUCGCGCGACGUCUCCAACUUCUACAGUCGGUCAGUGACCUUUCAGAACAGCCUCGACCCACCGGCGCGUCCGAGUGACGUCAUUGGAUACGUUGCAGAGGAGACCGAUACCGUCACUGCCGCCGUGGCCAAUCAGAUUACCCCCUUCAGAGUUGUGAACGUUGCGUACGGUGCGACGGGGGUGGAGCUUGGAGAAGCGAACACUUUUCCGUACGUCCUGCGCACCGUUCCCUCUGACCUAAGACAAGCCAACGCCCUUCUUUCUAUCGUGCAGAGGUUCGGUUGGUCGUACGUCUCUGUCGUGCUAUCGGACAACACGUACGGCAGAACGCUGUCGAUAGAGUUCGCCAGAAUCUCUAAAGACGCCGGCGUGUGCAUAGCGACGACCCAGACGAUUAAAACCACAGCGACGGCCGGGGACCUGUCGGCGAUAGUAACGGCACUGAAGACCAAGCUGCCUGGAGCUGUGGGACUGGUACUCUUCACCUCGGCCGAAGACACGAGGCGACUUCUUGAAGCACUUACCGCAUCAACCGAUGCAGCAGGGGUCUUCAUUCUAGUAACCGGCACAAAAUGGGGUGACCUCUUGUCCGUUGCGAGGGAUUUUGAAAUUGCAGCGAGAGGCGCCAUUACCCUCACCAUACCAGCCAGCCCUGUCCAGGACUGGCAAACCUAUUUUGAAAACCUCCAACCGGGUUCCUAUUUCAGGAACCCUUGGUUCAACGAGUUCUGGAACGACCAUUUUCAGUGCGACUUCUCGAACACCCAGGAUAGAAAGUAUGACUCGACAUGUCUCGGAACGGAGCGGCUCAACUUCGGCGCAAACGGACUCGCUCAAGAACUGUACGUACCGUACGUCAUAGACGCCGUGUACGGUAUCGCUAACGGGUUGCACAGCCUGCUUGUCAACACCUGCGGAGCGCCGUCUCUCUGUCCGCAGUUCCGAAACAUGUCGAACGCUGGGCCCCUGCUUCGAGAAGAGCUGACCAAGAUCAAGUUUGCCGGCGCCAACGCCAGGCAGUUCGGCUUCACGGAGACGGGAGACGGCAACGCCAGAUACAACGUUCUGAACUACCAGCGUAAGGUGGACGGAUCAUAUGGAUUUGUCGAGGUGGGUUCUUACACCAGCGCAGCUCUGGACCUAAAUGUGGCCGACGUACGUGUGUACAACAGGCCCGGACAGGUGUUAACGCAGAUCCCACGCUCGGCCUGCAACGGGACCUGCUUCGAGUGUCUGGACGAGAGCUUCCCCAACAGAUGCACCAACGGGUCGGCAACGGCAGGGAGCGCUGCUGUCGUGGACGGGGACAUCUUCGUGGCAGGUUUGUUCCCCAUCCACGAUAGCGGCCACGACGUUUACUCCUGUGGAAGCAUCAACGAGUGGGAGAUGCAGCUGUUUGAGGCCUACAUGUUCGCGCUGGACCGCAUCAACGCCGAUCCCUCCAUCCUCCCGUCCGUGCGCCUCGGGACCAUCGCGCUGGACACCUGCGAGAGCGCUCGGAAAGCGGCACGGGACAUCGCCAACUUCCUGAGCGGCGAGAAGACGUACUACGUCACCGAAUAUUCGAGCUCUUUCGUCGAACCGGCUUCAACUCUUGCCGUCAUCGGCGCCUCAGAGGGGGACGUGUCGCUAAGCACCAUGGGAGUUGUAGAGACAUUCAAGAUGGCGCAGGUGUCCUAUGCGUCGCCGGAAAUCCCCAUGACAACGAGAGCGAAUUAUGAGUAUCUCCUCCGGACGGUUCCAGCACUGGAAAGGCAGGUGCAGGCCCUGAUGGACAUGGCGUCUUAUUUUAAGUGGAAAUACGUAUCGGUGUUGUACACUCCCACAGUCUACGGAACGGUACUUUUUGAACGUUUCAAAGAGGAGGCCAAAACGAGAGGGGUCUGCUCGGCUGUGCAACAGGAACUCCGCAAUAACUUCACCCAGCCGAAUUUCGAUGAUGUUAUUGUGGAGCUGAGAAGGAAGAGCGAGGCUUCUACCGUCAUACUCUUCACGGAGAGGGCGGAGACCGAGAACGUUCUUCUGGCGGCGCAACGCGUCAACGUCCGCUCGUUCUACACCUGGAUCGUCACCAGUAAGGUCGCCGGCGACGUCGACGUUUCCCUCUCGCAAGACUCCGUAAUCAACGGCGCCGUCCUUCUCAAGGUAGAAGCACAAGAAGUGCCAGAAUUCGACACAUAUCUCGAGACACUCACGCCGGAGACCAACCGAAGAAACCCGUGGUUUAAAGAGUUUUGGCAGGAACACUUUCAGUGUAACUUGCCGAACGAGCCCGUUAAGUAUCCAGUAGUGUGCUCCGGUAACGAGAGGUUAACUGAGAGUAGCUUAACCCGUAACCCUGCAAUAGUACACGUUAUCAGAGCUGUGUACGCGGUGGCACACGGACUGGACACGACGCGGAAGUUCUACUGUCCGACGGAGCCAGAGGUCUGCGACAACUUUCGGAACGCCAACGACAAGCCGGAGAGGGCGUACGGCUUCGUUCGGGACGUAGAUUUGAUCGGCAUUGCUGGAAGUCGCUUUCGUUUCACAACGACAGGAGACGGGGACGUUGGGUACGAGAUUCUGAACUACGAAAUCACAGCGCCACCGAGCAGAUUCGGAUAUGUAAAGAUCGGCACAUGGAGUGACGGGUUGUUCCUAGAGCGCAGUCCCGACAGCACCAGCACGGAGACCGUGAAGUACCCUCCCUCCCAGUGUACCGGGGAGUGCACGGAGUGUGUACAGCAGGGUAUCAUGCCUGCUCCUCCCCAGGAACAACGCAUCGACGUCCCGACUCAAGUCCGGACCAGAGACGUCUGGGCAAUCAUCUGCAUGACGCUCGCGGCCUUGGGAAUGUUCUUAACCGUCAUGUUGAUCAUCUACUUCCUCGUGAAAGUCCGCUCUUCAUCUCUGUCCGGUGUCACUACCUCCACAUCUCUAGGGUAUAUCAUACUCUUCGGUCUCUUCACCAUGUAUGCUAUGGUGUUGCCGUUCGUCAUGACGCCGAAUGACGUGGUGUGUGGAGUGCGUCGCUUCGGCCUGGGGUUUGUCUACGCGCUGACGCACGGCGCUAUCCUGGUCAAGACCGUCCGCAUCUGGCGCAUGUCGCGGAUGGAGAAGGCCGGCUUCCCCGGUGAGGACGCCAAGUUCACCCGCAACUGGAGUAACGUGUUCAUCGUGUGCGCGCUGAUGCUGCCGCAGAUUGCCAUCGGAGUCAGCUGGCUGCUAGCGAGCCCACCGGCCACAUAUUCCCUCGGCACCACCAUCUACUGCGGGUACAGCAGAGCAGGCUUGCUGCUCUCCUUGCUGUAUGUCAUGUUCCUGGUGUUCCUUACUGUUAUCUACAGCUUCGUGGCCAGGAACUACAGCAUGAACAUGUGGGAGGCCCGCUACAUCAUCGCCAUGACCUGGCUGUGCGUGUGCGUGUGGAUCGCGUGGGCGUGCGUCUUAAUGCUGACCGAAAGGGACUUCUGGGAUCCAGCCGUGUGCGUCGGCCUCCUCCUCAUCGCAACGUUCAUCCUCAUCCUCCUGUUCGUCCCGAAGCUUCAAGCCUUCGCAUCGUACCAUCACAACUUCACUUCCCACUACGACAUCAACAAGAGGCCGAACUCCAUACAGCGUUCAGAGGUCGAAACGGACUCCAUGGGUUCGCUGGACAGUAUCUACGGCGUGGCGAGCCUGCAGGACAGCGCGGUGACAGCGGACGCCUUCUAUCGCAACAAGACGGCAAACGGGAAGCUGUCGAGGAGCGUGUCCAACACCAGCAACCACGCAGGUGCCAGUAACCUGUACGUCUACGACGGACGGCGAGAGAGACCGAAUGAUUUAGAAAUUACCAACAUCGACAGCAUAGUAGAUGAAGAAAACGAAAGCAAAGAAGAGAGUUAUGGUUACUGCUUUGGAAAAGAACAUGAUGCAUGGGAUUUCUACCAAUCAGAACGAAGACGGCGACGUGGAUGACGGAAGCAGCGUUUCCUCCUGGGGAGAUGGGAACUCCGAGAACAGGACGUCCAAGCUGUAGGUCCAAGUCCAAGUUACAGGGUGCUCUUGUAGACAGUUAAAUAGAGGUGAUGCACUAGUGCACAAAGUGCUGUCGUAUGCUCUAUACUCACAUCACAGCAAUAUUGCACUUAUUUGUAGAAGCUCAUGUUUUCGCAAGACGUCUUGAGUAAAAUAGUCUGGGUCUGUUUGGUGUCAUCUUACACUGGCAUUCCAGAUACAUGUGUAGAGUCAUGACCUAUGUGUUUAAGCAGACAUCUUUGUAGCAGGCUAGGCAGGCUGAAGAUUGCAAAAUGGUUAUUUUCCAAAGCAUUUUUCAUAUAUUUCACUCGCUUUUCGUGUUGACAAAACUAGUAUAGUGAUUUUAAAGCACGCUGUCAUUGAACAAGAGUAGGCGAGGUAGCAACGGUGGAUGACUUGUUUAAGAGAGUUUGAAACAAAGUAUCUUGCAUCCUCUUAUUAUUGUCUGAGUUUCAUUACAAUAAAGAAAUUUAAAAAGAUAGAGAAUUAUGGACACGAGGGUCAUUGUUACUUGCCGAUGAAAACAGGAAUUCCGAAUCUGGGGGAUGGCAAGUGAGUACGGCUUGAGAGGCAUCUUGCAGGAUUCGAGGAUGCCAUUCAUCUGCAACACUGACUGGUUCCGGCAGGUGGCGCUGUUGCUCUGUCUCCAGGUCGUGUUAAAGACAAUGAAGCAGUGAGAGGAUUUGGAAAUCCCAAGUCAGACCCUGCAUCUUUAUUUGGACCAGUACAGUGUGAUUGAUCGAGCAGAAGAUUAACAACUAUCCUUGCAACUAUCGAUAAAAAUAAUUGUUUAUCAGUCGGCCGACUACCGUUAUUUUCAACCCCACGUUACGUUGACUUUGGGUAAAGUAGGUACAAUUCACUUUCUUCUCUAUCGCUGCAAACGACUGUGUUGUUUAGAUUAUGCUUGUUUCAUACAUUAGAUACAAAAUAAAUGAAAUAAAAAAUAAAAUAAAAA